CACUAUACAAAACAAAAAAUUUGAAAAAAGAAUUUUUAUUGAAAAUAAAUUUGAAAAAGAAAAAAAUAAUUAAUUAUUUUGUGUCAACAUGAAUUAAAUUAAAACAAAAAAAAAAAAAGAAAACAAGUCACAAAUAAAAAUUUUCCAAAACACCACCAUUUAAUUGGAGAAAAUUCAAAAAUUAAAAAUGAAGAAAAAAGAAUAUUAAAAUUAAAAAUAUACAUAAAAAAAUUUUUACGGUAAAUACGAACGCCUAUAAUAUUCGAAUAAAACAACAAAAUAAAAAAAAAAAACAGAAAAUAAUUAAAUGAGUAAAAAUAUUAUUUUGAUGAAAACUUAUAAUUUACCAAGUUGUAAACUUAAUUUGACAACAUCAACAUCAAAUCCUUUAUCAAAAGGACGUCAAUCUAAGGUGACAACACAAGAUACAAAUAUGCCUGGCCCUCCAGUGUGGUCGGGAAUUAUGACACUGAGCCGUGGCCCGUACAGCGAGCUCGAUAAAAUGAGCCUUUUUCAGGAUCUUAAGCUGAAACGUCGAAAAGUUGAUUCAAGAUGUAGUAGUGAUGGUGAAUCAGUAGCUGAUACAAGCACAUCUUCGCCGGAUUUAUUGGCCCCAAUAUCACCGAAAAUGUGUGAUCCUGGUAGCCUUCACCAACAUAAUAGUAAUAAUAAUAAUAGUAAUAAUGUCAACAUUAGUCGUAAUAAUAUACCAUCGAUAACGACGCUACCAUCACCAUUUUCAACAUCAGGAGCGCCCACAAUAAAUCCACCAUUAUAUUCGUCAACGAUAGCAACAACCACAUCAUCAUCAUCAUCGUCAUCAUCAUCAACGACAUCAAGUACGCAAACACAAAUAAAUACAGCUGCUUCUAUUGCAGCUGCAACUUCUUUAAAGAUACCAUCAUCGAUUAAAAAUGAAAAAUCACCACCAGAAACGCCAACAUCAGUUAGAACACCAACACCGCCAAUUCCACCAGAUUCUCCACAUCAUCAUAUUAUUCAUCAACAACAGCUACAUCAAACUAGUAGCUAUCGUCAUACACAAAGUAAUAUUCAUGAUAAUGGACCAUCAAGUGAUGUUAACAGUUGUAGUAAUGAAACUAGUAGGAAUUCACCUGACUCUAUGGAAAGAAAACCUCAAAAUUCUUCUACUACGAGUGUCUUAAGUGGUCGACCACUUUCUCGCAAUAAUGUGAUGCAUUCAUCUGGACCUAUAAUAAAUCCUAAUAUUAGUCGCCCUGAAUCUGGUGCAAUAUGUAGUAAUACAGGUGGAAAUAAUUGCACGACUAGAGUAGGAGCUGGAGAAACGGCAACAAUACAUAUGUCUAGAAUUAGUAGUAAUAAUAAUAACAAUAAUAGUAAUAAUAAUAAUACCAAUAAUAGUAGUACCAAUAACAAUAAUAAUUGUAGUAAUAAUAAUAACAGUAGUAGUAGUAGUUGUAGUAACAAUCAAAGUGUGAUACGUUCUGUAAAAAAUGAACGAAUUUUAAGUUCUCCAACAAAAAUGUUGGGUUAUUCGCAUCAUAAUCAAGAACUGCAACAACAACAACAUCAGCGGGAACCAACUCAUAAAUCGAGUAUUCCACAAUCACAGCAACAUGUAACAGUACUUGUUUCCCCUUCAAGAAUAAAAUCUGAAUACCAAUCAUCUCACCAGCAACAACAACAACAACAACAGCAACAACAACAACAACAGCAUCAACAAACAGUGCACCAACAUCAACAAUAUAGCCAUCAGUCGCCAUUAAUACGUAAAUCUAGUCCGCCGACUGCAUUUUCAAAUACUAGAAAUGACUUAAGUGUUACGACAGCCACAACAUCUCCAAUGCCAAUACAUUUGAUUCAAACACAACAGAUGCAAAUUUUACAAGCAGCAGCAGCAUCCUCACAAAUGAUGUCAAGAGUGCAAAUGUCACCAAACUCGAUUUCACCUCGUUUAAACACAAGUGGCAACAACUCAUCAUCACAAUCGCAUGUAGUUCAUUCAUCUCAAUCUUCAAGUGUGCAGCAAACUCAAAUGCAUCAUAUGCACCAACAACAUCACACGCCACCUAUUAGAAUUAAAAAAGAAAUAAAUAGCGGAAUGAUCUCACCACAAUCUCUUAUGAGCUUAUCACCGGGAAGUAAUGGAAGUCCUGGUAGUACAGGCGGUAGUUCCUCGCAUCAUCGGCAAAUGUGCUCAUCUGGCUCAAACCAGCAAUCCCCAUCUCCACAGUCUCCAAUGUCUUCAACAUCCUCUUCAUCACAAUCUAUGAUGCACCCAUCCUUACAACUACGACAUCCAAAUAGAGAUGCGGCAAUAUUAUAUCGUGUGAAAAACGAAAUGCAACAACAAUUACCAAAUAUUAUGCAGCAAUCCCAACGAAUGGUAUGGGUUUCAAAUACAAGAAUAAAUGGAGUAAAGCCUGAAGUGAUUGGGGGACCUAUUGGUAGUAUACGGCCACAAAAUAUGGGGAAUCAAUCACCUCAAACACCCUCGCCACAUCAUUCAUCCUCUCAAAACUCGCCCCAAUCACCAUCUCAAACGCCUAUACGCGGUACUCCAACGGUCAUCAUGGGUGAGAGUUGUGGAGUCCGAACAAUGGUAUGGGGAUAUGAGCCACCUCCCCAACCACAAUCAUCACCCUCUAUUCAAUCAUCACCUUCUUCAGCACCUUCAACGCCAUCACAAACUUCUGGUCCGUCACAAAAUCACGAAGAAGCAGCUCAACUUCUUUUAAGUUUAGGUCAAACUAGAAUACAAGAUACAAGACCCCGGCCACAAUCUUUUAGACCACCACAUGCCUUAAAUAUGGAAAGAUUGUGGGCGGGAGAUUAUAGUCAAUUACCGGCUGGUCAACAGUUACAUGCUCUUAAUUUGAGUUCGCAGCAACAAUGGGUUGGAAGUGGUCCAAGUGGCGUACGUGGUCCAUUAGACUCAUCUCAUAAUGAUGGUGAAGAAGAUGAACAACCACUGGUGUGUAUGAUCUGCGAAGAUAAAGCUACUGGUCUACAUUAUGGAAUUAUUACAUGUGAAGGGUGCAAGGGAUUUUUUAAGAGGACAGUUCAAAACAGAAGAGUGUAUACGUGUGUCGCGGAUGGUACAUGUGAAAUAACCAAAGCUCAGAGAAAUCGUUGUCAGUAUUGUCGCUUUAAGAAAUGUAUCGAGCAGGGAAUGGUACUACAAGCGGUGCGUGAAGACCGAAUGCCUGGUGGACGAAAUAGUGGUGCUGUUUACAAUUUAUACAAAGUUAAAUAUAAGAAACAUAAAAAAUCCGCCCAAAAACAAAUGCAGCAACAGCAGCAACAUCAACAAAUUCAACAGCAACAUCAACAUUUACAACACCAACAACAACCACAACCACAUCAAUUGCAUCAUCAACUACAUUCACAACCAUCAUCACAUCAACAUCAUUUACAGCAUCAUCAUCAGUCACAACAGGGAGCAAAUCAUAUGCAUUCAUCGCAAACAAAACUAAAUGCACCAGAUGAUUUAAAACCAAUGUUCCUAAUUCCAACGAAUCAACAAACAUCUCAAUUAUCACUAAAGCAAGAAGAUGGAAGUGGAAGUAGUGUGGGUGUAAGUGGAACUGUUGGUUCCGGUAACAGCAGCCGAGGUCUUUCGCCGCCUAGCAAUAUUCAACUGCCUUCGCAUCUUGUUAAUGGAACUAUUUUAAAGACUGCACUUACAAAUCCUAGUGAAAUCGUUCAUUUGAGACAUCGCCUUGAUAAUGCUGUAAGUUCGUCCCGUGAUCGACAAAUGUCAUUUGAGCACGCGAUGAAUAAAAUAAAAUCUUUAGUUGAUUGCGAUGCUAUGGAAGACAUCGCAACUUUGCCACAUUUUUCUGAAUUUUUAGAGGAUAAAUCCGAAAUAAGUGAAAAAUUAUGUAAUAUUGGUGAUUCUAUUGUACAUAAAUUAGUUUCAUGGACUAAAAAGCUGCCAUUUUAUUUGGAGAUACCUGUUGAAAUCCAUACCAAACUACUAACAGAUAAAUGGCAUGAAAUUUUAAUAUUAACAACAGCUGCCUAUCAAGCUUUGCAUAGUAAAAGAAUACAAGGGAGUAGUCAAACGACCUAUAUAAGUAGUGGCGGUUUGCCUGUUUUACAUAAAGAUGACCCAGAAUUAGUACAAGAAGUAAAUUCUCAUUUAACAACUUUACAACAUUGUUUAACAACGUUAAUGGGACAAGAAAUUGCAAUGGAACAGUUGAGAUUAGAUGUUGGAUUACUUGUUGAAAAGAUGACACAAAUAACAAUCAUGUUCAGAAGAAUUAAAUUGAAAAUGGAAGAAUAUGUUUGCCUAAAGGUUUAUAUUUUAUUGAAUAAAGAACUGGAAUUAGAAAACAUUCAGGAACAAUAUGUCCAUGUCCUCAAAACUUACUUACAACAUUCAACACCACAAAAUCCCCAGGCUAGAUUAGAUGAACUAUUGGCACAUAUUCCAGAGAUACAAGCGGCUGCAGCCUUGUUGUUGGAGAGUAAAAUGUUUUAUGUACCAUUUGUAUUAAAUUCAGCUAACAUAAGGUAGCAAAUGUUGGAACGUGGUCUCAUUCUAACUGUAGACGAGAAUCCACACAACCUUUUGAGAGAGCGGCAACCACAUUACCAAGAAAAUGUGGAAGAAGAUGAAGAAGAAGAAACACA